UGAGCAAAGGAGAAACUUGAUUUUCAGCGUGAAGUGAUUCCAAAAUAUGAAGGGCCUUAUCUUCAUCAAUGUCUUCCUGCUUGCGUUGUUUGCAGGUACCAUAGAAUCAAGGCAUGAGCCAGGAGAUCACCAUUGGAGAAAUUUGAUGAAGGAUAAAAUGGAUGAUUGUACUGAAACUUUAAAGGUUGAAGAUGGAAAGCUUUUUAUUGAGCCUCGGCCACAAGCCACAUUUCAUGGUGAUGUCCAAACGAAAAUUCUUUCCAAAGACUUAGAACAACGACCAAGUGUCUCAUUUCGUCCAGAUGACACCAGAACAAAGCUUUUUGUCGAACAUAUAGAACUAUCACCGAGUAUCAAAUUUUAUCCUCAUGAAAUCAAAGCAAAGUUAGAUAAAGAUACAGAUGUUCCACCAAGAACCUUAAUUUAUCUCAAUGAUAUCAAAUCCAAUUUUUUUGUCAAAGAUAUAGAACGACAACUAAGAGCAAGAUUUUAUCGUGAUGAUAACAAAAGAAAGUUGGCCAAGGAUAUAGAACCACGACCAAAUGUUUCAUUUUAUCCAGAUGACACCAAAACAAAGCUCUUCGCUGAAGAUUUAGAACCACGACCAAAUGUCUCAUUUUAUCCCGAUGACGAAACCAAAACAAAGCUCUUCGCUGAAGAUGUAGAACCACGACCAAAUCUCUCAUUUUAUCCCGAUGACGAAACCAAAACAAAACUUUUUGCUGAAGAUGUAGAACCACGGCCAAAUGUCUCAUUUUAUCCCGAUGAUGACACUAAAACAAAGCUUUUUGUUGAAGAUGUAGAACCACGACCAAAUGUUUCAUUCUAUCCUGAUGACGAAACCAAAACAAAACUUUUUGCUGAAGAUGUAGAACCACGACCAAAUUCCUUCUUUUAUCCUGAUGAUGACAUUAAAACAAAGCUUUUGGUUCAAGAAAUAGAGCCUCGACCAAAUGUUUCAUUUUAUCCAGACGAUGACACCAAAACAAAGCUUCUUGCUGAAGAUAUUGAACCACGACCAAAUGUCUCAUUUUAUCCCGACAAUCUAAAAGCCAAAGAGCAGCUCUCGGCUCAUUCUCACCAUGGGGAAGCUGGUUUGCAGGUGGCACAAGCUUAAGUUUAUUCAAUAUGAAAAACAGCCCAAGUAAAGAAUGAGAAGCAAUAAUAAUGAAGAACAAUAUUAAUAUGGUGAUGAGAAGAUUGAUGGAGCCUUUAUAAAUCGUUCAGGGUAUGUUUCAACAUGCUAAUGGUUGGUCUAAUUUACUUUUCUAUUGCAUAUGGGGUGUGUGAUCUUGUUAAAAAAAAUAAGUUGUGUACUGUUUACGAACUACAAUACUUGUGAGGAAGCUAUCUGUUUAAAUUUUCGUUUCCAAAUCAAAUGUGUGGGACAUUUUAAUUUAAUGGGUUUAAAAAUGUGUGAUAUUAUAUAUAAUGAAAGGGUGUAUAUAUAUUUGAUUGUGAUA